AUGAAGUUGGCUAUCCUUCAAACAUAUUUCUGGUGCUCCUGUUCAAUUUUUGCCAAUGUGUUGUUUCUAUUGAAUCGUCGCUUCACAUAUCGAAUAUUUAUAAAAGUAAAAAAUCUGAUGGAGAUGUGGAAAUCACAGAUGGUGCUGGUGCAGGUACUGCUGAUGUUGUGCGUGUUCCGCUUAUACUUUCAGUCGGGACCGAUAUACCAUUUGGAACCUCAGAAAACUCUGCCGGAAAUGGGUCUACAAGCACCCGCCGAUCGCCUGGUGGUCUUUCUUCUCGAAGGACUCCGGGCGGACGUGUUCUUUUCGCAAAACUGCAGUCGCUUUUCCUACUUUCGGGAUCUAUUACUUCGGGAAGGACUAGUCGGUAUAUCUAAAUCUAGUGUUCCGACUCUCACUCGAUCUGCAGAAGUUGCCUUAUUCGCUGGAUUCAAUCAAAUGCCUCCCGUUCUGCCGACUGGGAAAUUCGACUCCAUCUUCAAUCGCACCUCAGCCUCCGACAGGGGGAUGGUUCAAAGAUUUUCAGACCUUUCAGAUCUUCGAGUCAGCCUGGAGAGUAGUGCUUGCGUUAAAUCUAUGCAAAACGCAACUAGACUCUUAAUGGUCGUAUACGUGGACAAUUUCGGUGGAGCUAAUCCACAGGAUUUUAAUUAUAAAAAGAAUCUUCACAAUACCCAGCGGAACAUCCGGGAUGCCUACGAAAUGAUUGAGAGUACCUUUGAUGACAAGAGAACUGCAUACCUUUUUACAUCUGCCCACGGUCUUACCAAUUUAGGUUCCUAUGGCAGCGGGUCGGAUGAGGAAAGGGAUACACCCUUCUUUCUUUGGGGUGCCGGAGUUAAUGGCAAACCCGAAAAUAUUACCUCAAAUUAUUCUAUCAGCCAUGGUGUUAUCGUUCAGCUCCAUAAGUUGGCCCAGAUCCAGUUUGCUCCUCUUAUGUCUGCCUUAAUUGGACUGCCGCCACCGGUUCACAAUCUGGCUAAGCUGCCACUGGGCUACAUGAAGGUAUCCCGGGAGUACGAGAGAAAGGCAACUCAUUUGAAUGCACUACAACUUCUAACCCAAACCAAGGCCAUUAUAAGACGUCAUGAACUGGGAGUUUUCCACAAGUGGCUGCCGAAGUUCAAUGAUCUAGAUCUGCAACGGAUUGCAUUUUAUCAGAACCAGAUGAACCACCUGUUGGACAACGGCUGGCGAAGCAGGGCGAUGCAGACGAGUGUAUUGGCAAUCAAGGUGGCUCAAAAGUCUUUGAAGUUCUACUAUACAUAUUACCAUAUUCCACUUAUCGUGACAACGGUGUUGGCACUGCUGGGUAGCCAAAUUUACCUGUUGAUGAAGCUAUCACGACAUUCAACGGACUCCAAGAUUCAGCCCAGAGGCUUUCUCACAUGGAGCACAGUUCUACUAGUCUCACUGGGUAUUUCCCUUGGUGAGCUAGUUUUCUUGCAAUGGGCUCCAAUUUCGACAAUCAUCUGCCUGUUGGUUCCCUUUGGCAUCUGGAGCUUGGCCAUGGCCGAGGUGCCCCAGAGCGGUUGCUGGGUCUUUAAACCGCUGAAACAUUUACAAUUGAUAGUAGCUCCUGCUGCAUCUAUCAUUAUGGCGCUCUGCUACAGCUAUCCCUUCGGUCUAGUAUAUCUUCUUUGCGUUCUCUGCCUCAAAUCAUCUGCAUAUGUCCUAUCGCUUUGCCGUAACCAUUCUACUGUAUUUCUACGCUUCCCUGUUUGGUACUGGACAUUGGAUGACUAGCUUUACUUAUUUGGCUAACACAGCGCGACUGUUCCUUCCGGAUUCGUGCACUGCACCGAUGCCAAUUCUAGUGUUUAUCCAUUUGCUGAUUCCAUCGCUAAUAAUCCUGUCCAGCUUACGGGCAC